CUGCACGUUUGGGGUUAUGCUUCAUGGGCACUUGGAGGCACUCCGGAUCAUUAAGGAAAGAAGAUCUGCCAAUAUUGUUAUGUGUAGCAUUCAGCUCGAGCGUGCAUCGAGACUGUGUGCGUGUUUGGAAAGGACUGGAAAAUGUUGGGCAGUUGGAAACACCGGGUCCCUUGCUGUAAAUCUCUAUAGAGACGGUCGCUCAUUACUGAAAGCUGAUGCCGAGCUCGGAGAAAAUCAUAUGACGCAAAAAUACGCUUCAGUGUCCCCUACAUCCGCUCAUUUUCUCCUGAUACUGGUCAAAUCCACCAGGGCCGCUCGGCUUUUCGCCUCGGUACUGAGGAGAGGAGAGGACAGGAGAAGAGAGGAGAGGACAGGAGAGGAGAGGACAGGAGAAGAGAGGAAAGGACAGGAGAGGAGAGGAGGACUCCUGCUUGUACAUCACGUGUUCCGUUAAACUCGCGGAAAAACGGAGCCUGCCUCACACAUUACGAGUGGAUCUAGCGAACCGUCCCGACUUUUUUCCCCUCUGCGUUUCUAUGACAACAGGCACGGCUCGAGAAGAGUUCGGUGCGUGACGGGGUGCGCUCGGUUUGCGCAGUUCGGCGCAAAGGGGAGGCGGAAACACCCACGGCAUAUCCCACCAUCCUUCCUUCAGCCCGAUGUAUGCAUCUUGUUUUUACGAGUGCGGACUUUCCUCUAACCUCUGGAAACUCAAAAGGACGCCACUAUGGUGCAUCAUUCCGGAUCGAUACAGUCCUUCAAGCAACAAAAGGGCAUGCACACCAGUAUCAGCGAGAUCCUGAAGGAGAAGAACCUGAAGUCGUCUCGACGCAGUCUGCCCUGUCUAGCUCAAAGUCAAACACAUCCUCACAACCUCAGCCACUUCCUCUCUGUGCCUCUGAAUCCGGAGCCCAAAGCAAACACAAACACCCACAGUGUCCGUGCCUCCUGUACACACAUCACCCCUCCAUCCACAGAUGUUAAUAAUGGCCAGUAUGUAGAGGAGAUGGAGACAGCAGUGUAUGAGUCUAGAACAGACAAAUCACUCCUUAUCCAGCAGAAGCCUGCAUCAAGAGGCAAGCUGGAGGCUCGUACGGAUUCAGUACAGGGAACUAAUCCAGUAAAUGCCAAAGGGCUUUUGUUUCGAGAUGGCAAGAAACGAAUUGACUAUAUUCUGGUGUAUAAGAAGUCCAGUCCUCAGGUUGAGAAGAGAUGCACUUUUGAGCGGAACCUGCGUGCAGAGGAACUGAUGCUGGAGAAAGAGCCCUCUUUAACCAACAAUGACAUAAUGUUUGUAAAGAUACAUGCUCCAUGGGACACGCUGUGUAAAUAUGCAGAGCAAAUGAACAUCAGAAUGCCUUUCAGGUACAGGAAAAAGUGCUACCUCUCAGACUGGAAAAAGAAGACCAUGGGAAGUCGAUUUCAUUUGAGAUGCCGUCAAAUAAAGAGUUGGCUGCCUAGGAACCCGAUGAAGCUGGAUAAGGAGGCACUGCCUGAUCUGGAGGAGACAGAUUGCUACACUGCCCCCUUCAGCAGGGCCAGAAUGCAUCAUUUUACCAUCAACAACAGAGAUUCCUUCUUCUCCAACUCCACCAGAAGCAGAAUAGUGCACCACGUAUUACAGCGCACCAAGUAUGAGGACGGCAAGUCAAAGAUGGGUAUCAACCGUUUACUUGGCAAUGGCACAUAUGAGGCUGCAUUUCCCCCUCAUGAGGGAAGCUACAAGAGCAGACAUCCGAUAAAGACGCAUGGGGCUCAGAACCACAGACACUUGCUCUAUGAGCGAUGGGCUCGCUGGGGCAUGUGGUACAAAUACCAGCCUUUGGACCUCAUACGGCGGUACUUUGGGGAAAAGAUUGGCCUGUAUUUUGCAUGGUUGGGUUGGUACACGGGUAUGUUGAUUCCAGCAGCGCUGGUUGGCCUUUUUGUCUUCCUCUACGGCCUCUUCACCAUGGACUCCAGCCAAGUGAGUAAAGAGAUCUGUGAGGCCAACACCACCAUCAUGUGCCCCAUGUGUGAAGUGAACUGCAGCGCCUGGAAACUCAGUGACAGCUGUGUCUAUGCAAAGGUCACUCAUCUCUUUGAUAAUGGGGGCACAGUCUUCUUUGCCAUUUUUAUGGCAAUAUGGGCCACCGUCUUCCUUGAAUUCUGGAAAAGAAGGAGAGCAGAACUGACCUAUGACUGGGAUUUAAUUGACUGGGAGGAGGAAGAGGAGGAACUACGGCCCCAGUUCGAAGCAAAGUACUCGCGAAAGGAGAGAGUGAACCCCAUCUCAGGCAAACCAGAACCUUUCCAGCCAUUCAGUGACAAACUCAGUCGCCUCAUGGUCUCUGUGUCGGGGAUCUUCUUCAUGAUCUCCCUGGUGCUGACAGCAGUGUUUGCUGUGGUGGUUUUCCGGCUCAUUGCCAUGGAGAAGUUCGCGUCCUUCCAGUGGGAGUUUGUAAAGAAGAACUGGCAGUUUGCAACCUCUGGCACUGGAGUCUGCAUCAACUUCCUGAUUAUCAUGUCUCUCAAUGUGGUUUACGAGAAAGUGGCCUAUCUGUUAACAAAUCUUGAACACCCACGGACCGAGUCUGAAUGGGAGAACAGCUUUGCCCUCAAGAUGUUUCUCUUCCAGUUUGUCAACUUGAACAGCUCCACCUUCUACAUUGCUUUCUUCCUAGGAAGGUUUGCAGGCAGGCCUGGAGAUUAUAAUAAGCUGUUUAACCGCUGGAGAAUGGAGGAGUGCCAUCCUAGUGGCUGUCUUAUUGAUUUAUGCUUGCAAAUGGGAGUGAUCAUGGUGUUAAAACAGAUUUGGAAUAACUUCAUGGAGCUGGGCUACCCGCUGUUACAGAACUGGUGGUCUCGGCGGAAGAUGAGGCGAGUAGGAGAACAGAAUAACGUGGAAAGCAAAGUACAGCUGCCUCAAUGGGACAAAGACUGGAACUUACAGCCCAUGAAUGCCCAUGGCCUAGUGGAUGAGUACCUAGAGAUGGUGCUCCAGUUUGGUUUCACCACCAUCUUUGUGGCGGCAUUUCCUCUGGCCCCUCUGCUGGCUCUGCUCAACAACAUCAUCGAGAUCAGACUGGAUGCAUACAAAUUUGUGACACAGUGGAGGAGACCCAUGCCAGCCAGAGCGACUGAUAUUGGAAUCUGGCAUGGUAUCCUAGAGGGCAUUGGUGUGGUGGCUGUCAUUACAAAUGCAUUUGUCAUUGCCAUCACAUCUGACUACAUUCCUCGGUUUGUCUAUGCCUUUAAAUAUGGGCCCUGCGUGGACAAAGGCUACCACCAUGACCAAUGCCUGAGAGGAUAUAUGAACAGUAGUCUGUCUGUAUUUGACAUGGGAGAGCCAAAGAACGGAAGUCAGUAUGAAACACGACACUGCAGGUAUCGAGACUACAGAGCUCCACCAUGGAGCUCAAAGCCCUAUGAGUUCACCCUGCAGUUCUGGCAUGUGCUCGCCGCCAGACUGGCCUUCAUCAUCGUAUUUGAACACCUGGUGUUUGGCAUUAAGACCUUCAUUGCUCAUUUGAUCCCAGACAUGCCUAAAGACCUGUGUGAACGCAUGCGCAGGGAGAAGUACCUCAUGCAGGAGAUGAUGUAUGAAGCAGAGUUGGAGCACCUGCAGAAGGAGAGGAAGAAAAAUGGCAAGCGUUAUCACCAUGAGUGGCCUUAGCUGUGCCUAACAGAUGGACAUAUCAAAUGCACAUCCAUGCACACACCAAUGAAUAAAUGCUAGAGCACAUAGGAAUACAGGCACAGUGGAGGACCGUGCAGGAACUGCAAAAUAUUUGCAUUUACUCAUGCAUGCAUGUCCAUGCCACAGCUUUGGAUGGCUAAGCUUUACUCAACAAGUCCUCAACACAUGCUACCCACUUUGAUUGCUUUUUUUUCUUUGCUGGUGAAUCAGAUAGUGAGGCUCAAGCUCUUUGAAGAACAUUUGCUCUUGAGUGGACAGUCCUGCUCCACACCAAAGAGCUCCUUCCUUGACUCUUGCCUAAGGCCUUCCCAUCAUCUUCUGGCUGAACAUCAGAAUCCUGGAUGAGAUUUUGCUUUUAUCCUCUCUUAUACCACUCCUGCUGUAUUUUGCCUCUGCCAGCUUUGCUCAAUUCUGAACCGUCUUUUGUUUGUUUGUAUGUUUUUCAAAAGGGAACAGGAUGCAAUUGUAUUGUUUACUAUGCAGAAGAAGGGCUUUGGAGUUUGUCCUCAAUCUACACACCUUCGUCACUCUCCAUAGCUCCUUCCUCUCUCGCUAUUUUUCUCGUUUUCUCUGGCAGCUAAUAAACCGCUAUCAACUACACUCUAUCUAAGUAUCUCUCUUUCAGUGAAGUGCAGUUUGGCCUUUGCUUUCAUGCUUGGUGUUUGUAAUAUCAAGGACUUGCUUUAUCCUGUUCGCUGCGCAUCACAAUUUCGUAAAUUUCUCUUCAUAGAAAAAUGACUUUUCAGGUAAUGUGGAUGCCACGUUAUGCAAAAGUACAGCAAAUUGAUAUAAACAUUAUGUACCAUUCUAACUUAGCAUGCAGAUUGAACAUUCUAAAUCCAAAAAAUGUUUUGUGUUACUUUUAUCUUCCAGUGUUUUGUAGAUUUAUUUGAAAUGACUUGUUAUUUACUUGUAUUGCGGUAGGAUGUGUGUUGACUGGGACUGUGUUUUGCUGUGAGCUGAAUGGAGAUUCAGAAUGUCUUUGUUCAAGGUGUGGUUUGUAUGCCUACAAUGGUACAUGAUGCAUUCAUCUACAGCAUGUGUAUCUCCACAGGCCUGGUCCUUCAUAAAAUGGGGUAGAUUACAGGAUUUUUAAAAUAGGUUUUAGUCAUGAUUGUAAGAUAAGAACAAGCUUCAGUCACUCACAGCAUCUGUAUAGAAAGUAUAGGCAGAUGUAGGACAGAAGGUAAUAUGUUUAAAACUAGGAGUGAGUAGCAUUUGGUGAAACUUUACAUAAACACGACAGUUUGGAAAAGCCUUCUUUUUUUUAUUUCAUCCCAGUUAUUGGAUAGUAAGAACAUCCCCAGGUAUGUGUUGUUGUGUGUGUUUAUCCAUUUAUCCAAGGCUAGUCAUUUCAAAUACUAUCAUCAAUAUUAUCAAUACUAUCAUCUGUCUCAGCUACCUGUACUCAUUAGUCUCAGUAGUAUAUCCAUUGCUAUGUAGCCGACUGAAUACAAGGGUUAAUUACUUUUCUCCUCUCUGCUCUGCUUACAGUACACAGUAGCUCUAUGUGUAUGCCUGUAUGUAACUGAGAGAAAGCAAGAAGGUGUGUCUUAUAAUGAAUGCUGCUGUCACAUAUCUCACUCUUUAUUUUGCCAGUCCCCAAAGUGAUGUAUCUGUUCUCAUCAGGCCCCUGUACGUCUCUGCAGGUGAAACCAAAUUGAUAUCAUUUUUACCUCCCUUAUAAUUAAAUCUUUAAUCUGCAUUCUGAAGUAUAUAACUUUGCACUUUUGCAUGGACAUACUGUAUAAGACAUAAUCAUACACCACUCAGAAGAAAGGAGCACUUUAAAAGCAUGGAUCAUUUCCCUGUACCUCAGCAAACAGAACAAGACAGUAAGAUGACAAAGUCUCUGCAGUGAAAGCUAAAGUAAGGCAAUUAUAUGCUGUAUUUUAUUGUCGUUUAUUUAUUUAUUUAUUUAUGAUUGGUUGAUUAGAGACGGCAGUCAUACACUGAAAUAGAGUGUAGAGAUCUGCCGAUUUCAGGUGACAAACUGUUUCUGGUACCUUUGCCCAAAAUGCAGCGUGUGAUUUGUAACAUGCCAUUCUUUCACCAUGAUGUAUGUGGUAAUCUAUGCAUGAUCUCAGCCAUGACGGCUGCAACUGUCUGGUGUUCUAUUGAAAAACACGUGUGUGUUCUGGUGCCCUUUUACUGUGGAGUCUGCAUGGAGUGCAUUGCUUAGUCCAAGAUUAUCUGAUCUGUGAUCAGUUUGUUGUAUUAGUGCACUACUGUCAAUCAUGUUCACUCUCAGUUCGACCAUCUUGCACUGGAAUUGGCGUAAUCCUCUGAGAAAUUAUUUCCUAGAAGCCUGGUAAUGAAUUAUCUCAGUACUCUAACAAAGGUUAUUUGUUGAUGAAACAAUAUUAUCUAUGAUUGGAUACACCUGACACACACACACUUAACAAAAAAGAGUUUUUGAGACAGUAAGUAAAGCAUACAAUAUACCUUGAAGGUCCAUAUUUAAAAUAGAUUUAUUUAAUUAGGAACAAGAGCACUUGUUAUUGUGACACAAACUUCAGUCGAAUAAACAAAACUGGAGUGUCAUUUAUUUUCAAAUCAGGUAUUCUAUAAAAAGCAAUGGCUAUGACAUGACAUUUUACAUUGCUUACAUUGCAAAAUAAUACUGAUUGUAGUUAUGAAAGAGUGUAAUAUCCUUUAUGCAUUAGUGAGAUAUGCACAAUUGCAGUGACUCAUGACGGGUAAUAUGUUAAACAGGCAAUAUUUGCUCACUCAAUGAGUUAAAAGGAU